AUGAAGCUGCUGGAUCUCUCGGCCGAUGUCUGGGCCAUGGACAGGUCUGGAUGGAGCCCUGUCAUCCAUGCCGCCUCUGUUGGUGAGCCAAAGUUCGUGCAGGAGCUGGUGACACGCAUCGCGCAACCGGAGGAGUUUGCCCAGCCUGAUCCUUCCAGGUUCAUCAAGCAGGGCGAUGGAACAAUCGGUGGCGUACCAGCGAUCGUGUUGAUCGGAGUGGUUGUGCUCCUUUUGAGCAUAUCUGUCGUCAUCCCAGGCUGCAAAGUGAUUCGGCGCUUCCGCCGGCUCAAGAAGCCCUACGAGGUGGAGGACGCGGAUGAGACCGCAGAAGAGUUCAUCGCAGAUUUGUUCACCUACCUGGGAGAACAGCCGGGUCAGCUGUCUCAGCUGGCUCAGGAGUGGGACCGCGUGAAUGUCAACGCCAUCAGUGAUCUCCACCGUGUAAAGACAAAGGGCCUUUAG